UUUCACUUUACAAGGACCAUGCGCAGAGCAAAUCUCCACGCCUUUCAGGAGUCCUUCCAGGCCUUCGUUUCGAAGCAGAUCCGUGCUCCUCAUGUCACUCAGCUCCACGCAUGCGUUCCACGCUCACACCUCUCUGGCAUCACAUCGUCAACUGCAGCCGUCUUUGGGACAAGAUUCUACACGACUCCCCGAUGCGGAAUGCAGUCGCCAUGUCGCCGCUUUGGUAUUAUCGGGAGCACCAUAAAGCAUAUAGACAUGCAUGUCUCGACGACGAAGCGUGGGCGCAAAUCAUUCUCUAGUUACGUACCUUACCACCAGGAUCAGAAAGACAGGACAGAGAGCGGCAAGGAUAUCACAAUAGAUCGCCCGGCACGAUCAGAAGGCGGAUCGACAGGGGCCGGUAAACUAACCAGUGAACUGCCAACCAGAAUCAAGAUGAUCCUAGAUACGCCAGGCGUCUUUCCGAAAGAUCUUGCGCCCAAUACUGAUAAGGAACCGAGCCGGGAGAUCGUACAAUCUUUUGGGACGACUUAUGGGGGAAAUUACAUGCUGCAAUGGGAAGACGCACCGAGGACAAUACUCAUCAUCAAGAAACCCAACGAUGAGCUAACAGACAAGGCCUUAGUCGAUGUGGCAACAUGGAUCCACUCCACAUAUCCCCACAUGAAUGUAGUGGUCGAGCCAGAAGUCGCUCACGAGUUUGCGGGACGAUUACCGUUUCUAUAUACCAUCCCAGAUAACAAGCGAGUCGAAUACACGCGAGUGACAGACUUGGUAGUGACCUUGGGUGGCGAUGGAACGAUCCUUCACACAUCCUCGCUAUUCAACUCUGCAGUACCGCCAGUCAUUUCUUUCUCAAUGGGUACCUUGGGAUUCUUACUGCCAUAUCAUAUCAACAAUUACCAGGCCGCAUUAACUAAAUUGAUCGACAAUCGACAGGCAUCUCUUUUACUCCGUAUGCGACUCAAAUGCACUCUACACGGCGCGGAUGGACGGCGCCUGCAGGCGAAAGAUGGCUCAGGACGAAUCAACGAUCUGACGGUCAUGAAUGAGGUUAACUUGCAUCGUGGGCGAUAUCCGCAUUUGACCUGGAUUGGCUGCUAUGUCGAUGGACACCUGAUCACCGAGGCUGUCGCGGAUGGACUUAUCGUUGCAUCUCCGACUGGAUCCACAGCUUAUUCUUUAUCGGCAGGCGGAUCUAUAGUGCACCCAUCAAUUCAGUCCUUGCUAUUGACACCGAUUUGUCCAAGAUCAUUGUCGUUCAGACCAGUAUUGCUGCCUCCGAACGCCACCAUCCAGCUUAAGAUCGGAGAAAAAUCUCGAGGUCCAGCAGAGGUUUCUCUGGAUGGCAAGGAGACUUUCUUCUUGGACAAGAACGAGUUUUUACAGGUGUGCAUGUCGGCUUUCCCUAUGCCCUGUGUUAACCGAGUCCAUGCAGGCGAGGACUGGAUUAAGGAUAUCAAUGACCUCUUGAAGUGGAAUCAGGGCUUUCUGAACAAACAGAGCAUGAGCCAUUACAUGUCCGAGUAGAUCCGCGCAAAUAAAACUUCUGGAGCAUAUA